CAGGUUACUUUUUUGUUCCCGAGAUUCUAGUUAUAGUUGAACCAUCGCAAGGCAAAGAACUCUUCGGGUGUUGUGCUUACGCGUGUUUAUUUAUCUUCUCACGAGUAUUUCGAUAGAACCUACAUAUUUGAAAUUGGGAUAAAAAGUAACGGUCAUUUUAGAAAUCCGGUUUGUUUUGUGGAGGAAUCUAUUCAACAAUUCGUAUAGUGUGUGGCACUUAAGGUAGCCAGAAUGACAGAAUCCACAUUUCAUAUGAAGACCUUACAAGACUACGAAGUUAUUUCGGUAAUCGGUAGUGGGGCAUUUGGAACAUGCUUUAAAGUGCGCGAUAAAGACAAUGGUGAGAUCUAUGCCUGGAAAGGCAUGGACUACGACGAGCUUAGCGAAACGAAGAAGGAAUCUUUAAUAUCAGAAAUAAAUGUUUUAAGACAGUUGAAGCACCCAAAUAUCGUGCAAUACCAUCACCACAUAGUCAACCAUGAGACACAAUCGAUCUUCAUAGUCAUGGAGUGCUGCGAAGGUGGCGACCUUUCACAACUUAUCGAGAAGUGCCGGACGGAAAAGUUGCGUUUUGAAGAGAAGUACAUUUGGAGGAUUCUCUUUCAAAUUUGCAAAGCCCUCCAGGUUUGUCAUAAUAAAAUCAAGGAGGGAACAAUCCUGCAUAGGGAUAUUAAGCCAGCCAACAUAUUUCUUGACAGUGAAGGCAAUGCCAAGCUAGGUGAUUUUGGUCUGGCUCGAGUGUUGAGAAAAAAUGAGAGUUUCGCCCAAACUUUUGUUGGAACACCUUAUUAUAUGAGUCCGGAAAUUGUGAAAGGCUCCAAAUACGAUCGAAAGUCAGACGUUUGGGCUGUGGGUUGUCUUAUUUAUGAAAUGUGCUCGCUACGUCCACCGUUUAAGGGGCGAAAAUUUGAGCAGUUAUCCAAAAAUAUUUCAGGAGGAAAAUUCAAUUGUAUCCCGAGCUGUUACUCGGCCGAUUUGCAAGAAAUCAUAGCUUUCAUGCUUGAAGUGGAAAACGAAAGUAGACCCAGCAUUGACAUAAUCACUCGACAUCCAGUUCUGAUAAGAAACAUUGUGGAUAUUCCGAAUGAGUUUCCCAAAUUAAUUGCAAUAGAAGAAACCGACAAAGACUCCAAGUGGAAGCUAACGUUUACGCCGAGAAUAGAUCUCUCCAGCACUGCUCUUACUCACUUUACUGUGGAUGAAGAAGCGGACAAACAUGUGACGGGAGUCUCGACACCAGUUUUGCGCUCAGAGCUUUUUAAUUCGUCGAAACGAAAAAUUAUUCCUCGCACUCUCAAUUGCUCUGACCCUGAGCUCUAUGAGAGUAUACGACAGAUUGAAGAUGAAGGUGAGCCGACAAUCAAGCCAACCACAACGGGCUUUAGUCCCACUGUUAUUACGCAGACCAUUUUCGAAAAGACUCUGCAAGACCGUUUGCAUGCAAUACGUGCCCAUGAAAGCUUACUUAAACAUCGAGAGGCGAAUCUCAUAGUGCGUGAGAAAAAUCUAAAUGAACGGGAAAAGCGCAUUCAGGAGAUGGAGAGAAACCUGGAAGCAAAGCAGGCUGCUAUGGAUCUUCUCUCUAAAAAUAACCAUGGCAUUAGUCAGGAAAGAAUACCAAAGCCACCACUCCGGACGUUUUCCACACGUAGCAUCGGUGCUCCAGUCAAGGAUUGCAAUGAUACCUAUUGCAGCAUCGAACCUAAUGAAACGAUUGUAGCUCCAACCGUUGCAAAACUCAAUCUAGCCACAAUGCCACCACCGAAAUCCCUCUCACGAAAAGUCACCUUUAAAUCACCAAAGAAGUUUACAAAGUACGACAUUGAAAACAUCCCACCACAACCACCAGGAUCAAUGGGCAGCAGCGGACGUGAUUCCAAGUCCAGUACACUGCGUUCCAGUAUAUCGUCCAAAACAAGCGAUGAUUCUGAUGGCGGACAUAACCACAAAAGAAAAUCAAUUCUUUCAAUCUUUGGCCUAAGCAAGACUAACAAGGAAAAUAAAUCAACAACAACGACUCCACAAGAGCCCAGAAAACCCCCCCAAGUAAUUGAUAAAUGCGAGCCAGAAGAAUUAUCAUCAAUUUGGACUUCGGAAAAUAAAAGAGCUGCCUUCGAUAUGCUGGCAGCAAUGAAUGCCGCUGCUGGAAAAUUCGGAACAAGUACUAACGAUGGAAAAGUUGACCUUCGCAAAUGUCGUCAAUCAGUGCGUGAACGAGGAGCAUCGUUGCGACGAAGCCAACAUAUUCGAAGGUCAGUCAUUGGAUUAUCUGAGGGUCUAACGAUUAGGGUACCUGAUCACGGUUCUCGCAUUAUUGUUUGAAGGUUCUCCUGAAUAUUUGAUCUUCUUGUUUUUGUAGUUGUAUAAAAGGCAAUAAAAAUGUAAUUAAGGUUUGUGAUACAAGGAAAUGUGAUGAAGGGAUAUUCCCAGAUUGUAAAAGAAAAAUAAAAUAAAUUAUAACUGUAAGUUCAUAGCAAUAU